AUGGCUAAUGACAAGCUCGACAAGAAGAAUCUUCCCGAGUCGGACAUUUCAUCGGAUGAGUCUGACUGGGAAGAUGCCGAGCCUGAGGAGGAAGAGACCGUGAACUUCAUCUCUUUGCUGGACGACUCCGUUUUUCCCAGUCUCGAUUCCAUGUUGCAGCAUUGCCGCGAAAAGCACAAUUUCGAUUUCCUUGAAGUCCGUCGCCGGCUCGGCCUCGACUUCCUCGGCACUGUAAGGCUCGUCAACUUUGCGGCGUCUUCCCAAGCUAACAUCGCCGCCGCAGUCCGCCAAAACACUCACGAUGGUGCUCGUCUGCCCGAAAUUAUUUCUGUUGAGCACAUCUCUGAUGAUCGCUUCUUCAAGCCCGUCAUCGAGGAUGACGCUCUGAUCAUGGCACUAACGGAGCUAGAUCUUGGCUCUGAUUCUCAAGGUGUCCCUCGGGAAGAAUUGCAGUCGAAGUCAAGCCGGGAAGCUCAACUUGAGGGCGAUCUGGAGAAAGUCAAGGCACAGUUCGCCAGCUACCGCUUGGCCGUCGAACAAACGUUGGAUCAGCGUUGGGGAGAAGAUGUUCCAAACAGGAGCCGUCGGGACCGUUCAGUCGAUAAGGAGGCCCGCAAGGACGAGUCCCAGUACUACUGGGAAUCAUACGCAAGCAAUGGUAAGUUCGUGGAUAUCGAAAGCCUCACAGAAUUUCAUCCCGCGAGGUAUGCUUUCAACCACUUCAUUAACACCCAGAUAGAUAUUCAUGAAACCAUGCUCAAGGAUACCAUUCGGACAGAUGCAUAUCGCGAUUUUGUCUACAACAACAAGCAUCUGUUUGCGGGAAAGACUGUUCUCGAUAUUGGUUGCGGAACCGGUAUUUUGAGCAUGUUUUGCGCCAAGGCUGGUGCAGCCAAGGUCUUUGCGGUUGAUAAAUCGGACAUCAUUGACAAGGCCCGAGAGAAUGUGUUCCAUAACGGAUUCACAGAUCAAAUCACUUGCAUACGGGGAAGGAUCGAGGAAAUUGACCUUCCGGUGGAUCAGGUGGACAUCAUCAUCAGUGAAUGGAUGGGAUACUGUCUCCUAUAUGAAGCCAUGCUACCUAGCGUUCUCUGGGCCAGAGACCGCUACCUCAAGCCUGACGGUCUGCUUGUCCCUAGCGUCUCGACCAUCUGGGCUGCUCCCGUGUCGGACCCCGAGUAUGUCACAGAUUUCAUCACCUUCUGGGACGACGUCUACGGCUUUGACAUGAAGUCUAUGAAGACUGGCAUCUACGACGAGGCGCGCAUCGAAGUCAUGCCCGAAAGCUGUGUUUGCGGCUCUGCAACGCAGAUCGCAUUUCAGGAUUUGCACAGCAUCAAAACCGAGGAGCUCGAUUUUGAGGCCCCGUGGAAGUCCACCUUAUCGAGGGACAUUCCUUCACUCGACGGAUUCUUGGUUUGGUUUGAUAUCUUCUUUACUACUUCUCGGAAGGACACUGUUCCGGCGAGCCUGCAUGUCAAGCUUGGCGAGUCAAGUGCAACGCGCCCCGGCGAGAUCGCGUUUACCACUGGCCCCUUCGGCCCCGCCACCCACUGGAAGCAAGGUUUCCUGAUGAGCAAAUCUCUGGAAGACAACAUCGAAAUUAAAGCCGGGACUGAUGUCUCGGGUCGCAUCGUCUUCAAGGCACCCGAAAACAACCCACGAGCCCUAACCAUCGGCAACACAUGGACUGUGUCUGGCCAAGGAGAGAAAAAGCAACUAUGGAAGCUGCGGUAG